GCAAAAUACAGCUAGAACACUAAGAAAAUGGAGAUAAUACUUUUAAUAUGCAAUAAGAGGAUUUUAGAAUGGAAAACUACAGAAAAGAUGAGGAGACAGACAUUAGCAAAAAUUUAUUUGAAUGUAAAUACAAUAUGUUAAAAAAUAUAUAUAAAUUUCAAAUGACAAUAAGAAUAUAAACAUGUAGCAAGGAGUUCGCUACAAGUAUGAAAACAAAUUCAAACAGUUCAACGAAAAGAAAAUUAAGAAACGAUUGGAUAAAAGAAAAACCAAACGAAAUACCACAAAAAGGAAGAAAACCAAUACACAACCGGAAUAAUCAUCAUCAGAAUAGGAAGACUGUUAUUGCCUUGUUUAAAUGUCAUAAUAAUAUUAUAUGAUCAGAGAGCAGACCCGAAGAAAAAUGGAUACAAUGCACAAGUUGUAAACUGUGGGCUCAUGAAGAGUGCACAGAAGAUGGUCUUCGCGAUGUUUACCACCCUUGCGACUCUGAAUGGGACUAAAAUCAGAAUUUAUAACACAAUAUUCUCAUUGCUCGCUAAAGUUAUGAAUAAUAAAGUAGCCAAACAAUACAACCACCACAAAACAAGAAAAAUUGCGGCCGUAUCAGAUUCCAAGAGUGAGACUGUUGCAGAAACAGUAAUAUUGUUUGAAUCUUAAUGAGAUGCGGUCUGUUGUACUCGAUGUAUCUAAAGACUAAUAUCUAAAACCGAAUAUGCUGAAACUGCAAAAUUAGAUGUGACGACAUGUCCGGAGAUGAGAAUCUAUGGACAGCCCACAGUUGUCUUCCAGUUCUCAACACAGUAACCUGUCCAAAAAUAAUUUUUAUUUCCAUUUGUGUACUUUUUAUUUGUAUUUAUAUAUAUUCUAAUCAUCUUAAAAUAAGUACCACUGUAUGUUUGUGAUUAAAUUCUUUUUUUUUUUUAAGAUUCGGCCUUUUUUUCGUAAAACAGGUCGAUCAAAAUAGUUCAAAUAACUACUGAACGGUUAACAUGGGAAAAGUCCAAUAAAUAGUCAUUUCACGUAUGGAAAAUUUUCUCAACAUUCUGUGUAUACCAAAUCCGACCAAAGAAUUGGAGAAUCCCUCAGAACAAGCAACAUCUUCGUCUAUUUCAGAAUUAUUAAGAUUUUAUACGCCCGCAGCAACUCCAUUACCAAAGCCAUUCUCAUAAAAAACUCCAGACCUUCCUAUAGAAUACAUACAUUUUUAAAAAUCCAGAUUCCAUCGUUCAGAUUGGUAUUUUUUUACCAUUCACCGCAUACAUGCAAAUCUCUAAUGACGAAAUACUUGCUUCUGAUAGCCAUGGAUCUACUUUAACCCAUUUGCCUUUAGCCCUUUGUACACAUGCGUGUACAGCUAUAAAAAGAAAUAUUUUUAAUUUUUCUGUCUAUGGUUUAUUAUUUUUAAUUUCUGAAUCUAUUAAAAGAUGGCGCUAGCUACAAGAUUCAGAUAUUCUGUUGAUGACAAUGACUCAUCCUCGUAUUUUUACGAGUAGGGGAGGUAGGGGAGCAUUGGGCAGUCGGGAGGUUUGGGCACCCCCUCAUUUCUCCAAAACUUUCAUAGAUAUUUUUUGUUUUCUACCACAGCACUAUACUUUAUUCACUAGCAACACCGCUUAUCUAAAGUGUCAGCUGUCAUUUCACUUGGUUGUCAAGUUACAUGCGCGUAACGGUUUGCUGCGUACAGAAGUAAAUAUUUUAUUUGUGAUUUGAUGUAACUUAUCAAAGAAAUCUGCAAGAACGUGACAAUGCCGUUUUCAUUUAAAAAGAAAAAUAAGCGACGUGAAAUCCCUAAAGAUAUUAUUUUGCGCGCAUUGGAAGAAGUUUCCAAAGGUGCUAAAAUUAAAAGUACUGCGAAUAAAUAUGACAUACCAAGAUCUAACCUUCAAAGGUAUAUCAAGCAGGGUGGUGUCGUAAAAGAUAAUUCUUGUAAAUUUAUAUCGUCUCAAAUAUUCACAAAAGAUGAAGAAGAGAAAAUUUCGGAAUAUCUUGUAACAUCUUUUAAACUAAACCAUGGACUAUCAAAACUGAAAACACGCGAAUUGGUUUAUGAAUACGCCACUGCCAUUAAAAAGAAAAUACCAGAUAACUGGACAGAGAAGAAACUUGCAUCCAAAGACUGGAUAAGGGGAUUUUUUAAAAGACAGCCUCAACUUUCGAUAAGGACACCAGAGGCUACCAGUCUGUCACGGGCCACAAGCUUCAAUAAGACAAAUGUCGGAAAUUUUUUUGAAAAUCUUAAAACUGUGUAUGAACGGCAUCGCUUCGGCCCUGAGUCUAUUUACAAUAUAGACGAAACUGGAUUAUCAACGGUGCAACGAACCCAGAAAGUGAUUGCUCUCAGAGGCACUAAGCAAGUUGGGCAAGUAACGUCAGCUGAAAGAGGGACGCUUGUAACGGUUUGCUGCGGUAUUAAUGCAUUGGGUAACUCAAUACCACCAUUUUUCAUAUUCCCACGGGUUAAUUUCAAAACAUAUAUGCUAAAUGAUGCCCCUGUUGGUUCAGAUGGAGCAGCACAUCCUUCAGGGUGGAUGACAUCACCAAAUUUUUUAAAAUAUAUUCACCAUUUCGCCAAACACGCAAAACCAACGCCUUCAUCGCCAGUUCUUUUGCUGCUGGACAAUCAUGAGAGCCAUAUUUCAGUACCAGUUCUCGAUUUUUGCAAACAAUCAGGCAUUGUUUUAAUGACUUUCCCACCACACUGCAGCCAUAAACUGCAACCUCUAGACCUGACUGUCUAUGGACCACUGAAAACUUAUUAUAACACUGCUGUAACAGAUUGGAUGGUAAGCAAUCCGGCCAAAACAGUAACAAUUUAUGAAAUACCAAAAUUAGCAGCAAAAGCCAUUCCACUAGCAUUCAAGUUGCAGAAUAUUCAAAGUGGAUUUGAAAAAUCUGGCAUAUGGCCAUUGAAUUCAAAUAUUUUCUCCGAUGAAGAUUUCGCUUGUUCUUUUAUAACUGAUCGCUGCUUGUCGGAAGAGGGUAAUGUUCCUUCAGAACAAUCUAUUUCAGACCAACCUGUCACUGAACAGCCUUCAACAGGGGAAAAUCAGAGUCUAGAGGAUCGUACAAGUUCAAAUGUGGAAGUCAUUGGGCCAUCUCAACUGGAAUCUCCCUCUACAAGUCAAAUUAGUGGCACUGUCAAUGUAACACCUGAUGUAGUAAGACCGUAUCCGAAGGCCGGCCCCAGGAAAUUGCAGGGUAUGAAACGGAAGAAGGGAAAAACUAGAAUAUUGACGGACACACCCGAGAAAAGACUUAUAGAAAUGGAAGAAGAAGAAAGACAAAGAAAAAAUAAGAUCAAAGAGCUCAACAAAAAUAGAAAAUGCUUCAAAAAUACAGGACAGAAAAAAAUUCCGAAACUUGCUGAUGAAUUUACUUCCAAACUAGAGAAAAACAGGAAAAUUAGCAGCGAUGAUGAAAUAGAAAAUGUUUCAGUUUCUGACGAAACCGUUGUUGAGUCGGAAGAUUUUGAUGAAGACGAUGUGAUCGUUCUGGAUAGAAAUUUCCAGAUCAAUAACUUUGUAUUAGUGAAAUUUGACACCAAAAAAACUGUCUACCAUUAUGUUGGAAUAAUCGAAGAUGUUAAUCAGACGAUGGCAACUGUAAAAUUUAUGAGAGUGAGUAAGUUAAGAAAUACUUUUAUAUUUCCUGACAUCGAGGACGUAGCCAGUGUCCUCCUGGAGGAUAUAAAGACAAAAUUGCCUACACCAACGACAUGGAUGAAACGUGGCAGCUUAAAAUAUAAAUUUGACAAGCCUCUAUGGAUCAUACCAAAUAUAAGAUAAGUUUAAUUAAGUCUAACAUCGUGCAGUACUGAUUCUAAGUCACAUUGUUAAAUUUUUCUAAAAUCUAUGAUAAGAAAAAAUGUUUGUAUUACAAUUUUUUAUAGUAAUGUUAUAUAAUACUUAAGCCUAGUAGUAUAGUAAAGCAAUUUCGUGCAUAUUAAAUACAGUGCCCAAACCUCCCUACAUGGGUGCCCAAACCUCCCGACCGCCGGGAGGUUUGGGCACUUUGGACAUGUGUUCGAAGAUCUCUUGUAACUUUGAAACUAAUUACAAUAUUGAAACUUUUCUUAAUAAUAAUUACUACCAUAUGUGUGCUCCCUAUAUUAGGAAUAAAAUUUUGAUUAUGAUAAAAAAUAACAGUUUUAUUAACAUUUAUGUAAAAAAGUGCCCAAUGCUCCCCUAUCUCCCCUAAAAAUAAUUACGCCAAACUCAAAGAAGUUAUUGAAGCUGUAAUUGCUGAUGAGAAUGAUGAUGCGGAAUAUGACGUCUUAUUGUUACCUCCUGAACUUGCCGUUGUGAGUGACGAAGAAGGAAAUGAUGACGAUUUUACAUGUUCAAUUUUGCCCAAAGAAGUUCCAGGGACCAUUGAAAUAAUUUCACGUAGAUCGAAUUUUGAUACAUCGGAUUGGGAAGACAGUGAUGAUGAACCAUUGUCAAAUCAGGCUGGCCCAUCUAAAGGAUCACGAACCCAAGAUACUCCUGUUUGGAGAAAAACACAACCCGUAUAUACCAUGACAAUAAAACUAUCCGAUAGUGUACUAUGCAGAAAAAAGUUCUUGUUAUAAAAUUUAAAGAUUAUAGUCACACAAAAUUAUUUGAAAGCUAUUUUGACGAUAAUGUCAUGAAAAUAAUCGUCGACAACAGCAUACUUUAUGCAGGACAGAACAAUAGACACAAUUUUCAUUUAGAUGAUAUCGAUUUGAGAAAAUUUUUAGGUAUAUUGUUACUUACAGGAUAUCAUGAGCUGCCUUCAGAACGAUCUUAUUGGAGUUUAGAUGAAGAUCUCGGAAUAUCACUGGUGGCAAAUUGUAUGUCAUGUAAUCGAUUUGUAGAUAUAAAAAGAAAUUUACAUUUUGUAGACAAUUCUUUAACUGGUAAUUCAAAUGAUAGAAUGUUCAAAGUUAGAUCACUAUGUGAGCUUAUUCAAAAGAACUAAUGCGAAUGGGGUGUUUUUUAUGACACAUUAUCGGUGGAUGAAUCAAUGAUAAAGUAUUUUGGCCGUCAUCCUGCCAAACAAUUCAUUAUGGGAAAACCUGUUCGAUUUGGAUAUCGCAACUGGGCUACUACUAGCUCUGACGAUUAUUGUUACACCUUUGAUGUUUAUUUUGGCAAGACAAAUAAUGGAUCGAAUGACCCGUUGGGAUCAAGAGUAGUCAAGUCGCUGUUAGCAAAGAUGCCAAUUGUACCCAAUGAGCACGUUGUGUAUUUUGACAACUUCUUUACGAGUUACCAGUUGCUGAAUGAUCUCCGUAUGUUAAGUUACAGAGCAACAGGAACUUUUAAAGAUAAUAGAACCAAGAAGUGUCCUGUGACAUCAGUAAAGGAUAUGAAAAAACAACCAAGGGCUAGUUACGAUUAUCGUUUUGACACAAAAAAUUAAAUAACAAUCGUGCGAUGGAAAGAUAAUAGUAUAGUUACAAUGGGUUCAAACUUUGACGACAUUAAACCUUUAGGUAAAGUAAAAAGAUGGUGUAACGAGCGUAAACACAAGGUGGACUUCAAUAUUCCAAAGUUGUUUAUAAAUUAUAACAAAGGAAUGGGCGGUGUAGAUCAAAUCGACUAAUCCAUUAAUCUAUAUAGAGUAGCCAUAAAAGGGAAAAAGUGGUGGUGGGUAUUAUUUACAUACCUUAUAGACAUGGCAAUGUCAAAUGCUUGGCGGUUGCAUGUACUAAUAAGCAAAGAGGACGAAAAUAUUACUUAUGUGGACCAGUUGACAUUCAGACGAAUGGUGGCACGAGCGUAUCUACAGCCUACAAAGGCGACAAGUCGCCCAACGUCGUCUUCAGUUCUGGGACUUGACCGAAAAAAUUAUGGUCAUAACCCAGAACGCGUAGAAAAACCAUUGAGAUGUGUUAUUUGUCACAAUCGGGUUCGUUGGUGUUGCGAACUAUGUCAAAAAAACGCUUUGUGUCGAGCGCCCUUGCUUUGGACAGUUUCACACUUAAUCCGCCAACUGUACCCACCCGAGUACACCAUUAUAAUCUCGGACCUGGAUAUUUUUAAUUUUAUUUUUUCUUAUAUUCCUUUAAUUCAGCUCAUAAUAAGUUAAUAAAUAGCAUUUGAAAAUA